AUUCACCCGUGAAGAAAUUUGAUCUUUAAAAUUCUCUCCAUACAAACAUUUAUGUCGGGAUGAUGUCAUGGCUUUUUAUUAAUUAUGUCAGUUGACAAUAUUAUGUGCAUGUGAUUGUUUAUUUAUUCGUUGCUACGACCAAAAGAUGAUUACGAUGGAGAUCAAUAUAUAGGAAAUAAAGAUGGUUCAGAUGGUAUGGCAAAAGAUGGAUACUACAUAAAGAGGAUUGUUCUCGUCACUUUGAUUAUAUUUUCUGUUUUUACUUUACAAGCUAUGUGUUGGAAAAAACAGAAGUGUGAAUAUUAUAUAGCCAAACCUUAUGCCUCAAGUUUUACAUUACCACAAGUACAUGGGAGUACUUUAUAUCCAAAGGACUUUUUUCAUUGUUGGCAGAUACGAGCUGAUAAACCAAAAAACGAAGUGAAGAUUUGCUUUGAAAGUUUUAUGUUGGAACCUCAUCAUGAUUGUGACCACGACAACCUUAUAAUAUACGACGGUGAGGACGAUACAAGCAGACAAAUCGGUAAAUACUGUGGAUCUACAGCUCCAAGCGAUAUCAUUAGUCACGAUGGUGUCUUAUAUUUUGAAUUUUACUCUGACAACUACGUAGAAUAUGAAGGCUUCACAUUUACAUUCGUAUCAGGAGAAAAAGAUGAUUUACGCGAGGCAUGUGAUAAGAAAUACAAGGAAGACGAAGAAGAUGAUAAAAACAAAAAGCAUUCUCUGACAACAAAAAUCGUUGGUGGAAUAAUAGGGGCGUUAGUUUUGCUUACCGGAAGUGUUGUGCUUAUUUGUUUGUGUGUGUCUUCCAGACGAUGUUCUUGUCGACCGGGAAGUGGAACUAUCAACCCAGAUGCAAAUUCAGAAGAAGGAAGACGUCAAAUUGCGAGGCGGCGUCGAAAUGUGAUUCGAACAGACAGAGUAAGCCAUGGGGAAUGUCUACCAAAUCCAGAAACAGAAACCACGGAUACCGAUAUCCCGUUAAGCAUUAUCUUACCGAUAUACUCUGGACCCACAGAACCACCGCCAUAUAACGGACAUGAUGUCAUUGAGAGACUACCGUCUUCCCCGCCACCACCGUAUUCACCGAAUGAUCCUAACCCGCUGAUUGUUAGUUUAUGUGAUAUUAAUAUGCCUUGUGUUCCUGACAAUACAUCUGUGAGGUAUUAAUGAUUAUAUGUGUGUGUGUGUGUGGGAGGGGGAGGGGGUUGUAAUUAUUAUUAUUGGUAAGUUAUAAGAAUGUUAGUUGUUUUAAGUUAUUUACUUCGUAUUUCGUAUUUUUCUUCCAUCCUAAAGGUAGCAACAGCGUCAACUGUUUUAAUAUAAGUGUAGGUAGUUAUACAAUGAUAUAUUUAUAAACAGAGCCAGAAAAUAGCUCACGUAACUAACUAAGGAGCAAUGCUUAUAUUGGUGUUCCUCGUCCCAAAGUCACAUUUAGCCUUUUGACACGAUGAGCACUACUAGUUUUGGAGAGCCCAAAGCAAAAAUAUCACAUUGCUACUACUUGUUGGAGAGCCCAUAGCAAUGUUUAAGCGGAUUUCACCCCUUGUUCCAUUGUUUAUUACAAAUGUCCGAUAUUCACGUUAAGGUCACUCCAAAUUGAUUUAAUCAGUGUAUUUCAGAUUUGCUUGCUGAAAUGUUCAUCUUAGAUCAAAGUCAGAAGAACAAGUAUUCAAAUUCCUAGUAGUCUAUCAUAAAUAAUGUCUAUCAUGAUCAUUUAUAAGGAAAAUGUAUGUCUAUCCCAAAUGACCCUUUAGAGAGAAAAUGAAUGUCUAUCCCAAAUGACCCUUUAGAGAGAAAAUGAAUGUGUGAAUGUGAUACUGAAAUAAUAUUUAUGUUGACAAUUAUAGUAAGUGUUUGAAUACAUGUGGAACCUUAAUAUGUUAUUUUAUUAUGUUAUUAACACGAAGUAUAUAUACGUAAUUUGGAUGCUUUUCGUAUUUUUAUGAAAUUGUACAUACAUGUAUACUAAAUAUUUAAAAUAAGGAGAUUUGGAUGUGAUGGUUAAUAGAUACAUGUAUAUACAUAUAUAGGGGGUCUUAUUGGGGGGUUCCGUCUCGGAUCCCGCUUACUGUUUUGUCAGAUUCCCGUAUCCCGCUUACACUAUGAACGUAAGCAAUUCUCAUUUGUUUGGGUCAUUUCCCGGGUCCAGCUAGACCGCACUUCACGUUUCCACGACACAAUAAUUUGACUUUCACGUGUCACGCUUACAAAAAAUCGGCAAUCCCGCAUCACGCUUAGACCCCAUAUGAGACCCACUAUAUAGACAGGUGGAAAUUAUAUUCUCUAAAAACUAAAUACAAGUUUACAGAGAAACAUACAAUAUUCUAUAUUAAAUACAAAUACAAUAGUUGAGGUAAAUAAAUGGAGAUAAAUGUCCAACAAUCCAUGUAUGCAUUUAGAAAUCCUUGAACUGCAUUUGCGAAUAGCAAAAAUAAUAUGAUAUAUAUAAUUUAUAUAUGUUGUGUACAAGUUGUAAUGUUGUACAAAUUAUAAUUUGUACAGAAAGAAUUUUUGUACAUUUUAUCAGUGUUUUUUUACCUGCUGAAUAAAAAUGGAUGAUGCAAGCACACAUUGUUUUGCUUCGCAUAUUUCUGUCAAUUUUUCACAACUUCAUGAUACAGUCUAAUACUGAGCAUUGAUACAAAAACAUUAUAAGACCUCACAAAGAUUUUGUAAAGAUAUGAAUAUGGUAUAAGGAAAAAAAUAAAAUUAGAAUUUAAACCAUUCAGGUACCCUCAUUUCCAGUUUGAAGGCAAUGAGAAUAGCACUAGAUGUUAGGUUCAAGUAUAUUUUUUUGAAUUUAAAACAUUACACUGGUACAUUUUAUAAGUUAAACCUGUAUCACCUGUUGCAAGAUGGUAGGUGUCAAAAAAACUUGAACAAAACCCUGUACAAAUUAUAAUUUGUACAAACUUACAUCUUGUACACAACAUAUAUAUACUUUCAGAAAUGCAAUCAAUCAAAACAUUUAUGAAUGAACAUAAAAUAUAUUAAAAGCAAUAAACGAAAUGCUUUUUUUUCUUUUCAUUUUAAAGCCUUUAUUAAGAACUGUAGGUUGCCUGCUAAAGCCUAGAUACGUGAACAUCGCCUAAAUCUAUAAAAAUCAGCAUACAGUUGUUUUUGAAAUUUAAUUUGUCAAACAUUUUAUUUUGAUUUUGAGUUUUGAAAUGGACAAUCUUUGAUUAUGUACAUAUUAUUUUGUUUAUACACUGCUACAUGUGUAGCCAGUGUUCUUUUGAAGGAACAAUAUCUGAUUAUGUUAUUCUGUUAAAACACUGCUACAUGUUUAGCCAGUGUUCUUAAAAAUAAACGAUCUUUGAUAAUGUUUCUUGUUAAUACACUGCUACAUGUGUAGCCAGUGAUAUUUUAAAUGAACAAUCUUUGAUAAUGGUAUUUUGUUAAUCCAUUGCUACGUGUGUAGCCAGUGUUAUUUUAAAUGAACAAUCUUUGAUAAUGGUAUUUUGUUAAUACAUUGCUACGUGUGUAGCCAGUGUUAUUUUAAAUGAACAAUCUUUGAUAAUGGUAUUUUGUUAAUCCACUGCUACAUGUGUAGCCAGUGUUAUUUUAAAUGAACAAUCUUUGAUAAUGGUAUUUUGUUAAUACAUUGCUACGUGUGUAGCCAGUGUUAUUUUAAAUGAACAAUCUUUGAUAAUGGUAUUUUGUUAAUACACUGCUUCAUGUGUAGCCAGUGUUCUUUUAAAAGAACAAUCUCUGAUGAUGGUAUUUUGUUAAUACAUUGCUACAUGUGUAGCCAGUGUUUUUUUAAAUGAACAAUCUUUGAUAAUGGUAUUUUGUUAAUCCACUGCUACGUGUGUAGCCAGUGUUCUUUUAAAUGAACAAUCUUUGAUAAUGUUUCUUGUUAAUCCACUGCUACACGUGUAGCCAGUGUUAUUUUAAAUGAAUAAUCUUUGAUAAUGGUAUUUUGUUUAUACAUAAUUGCUACAUGUGUAGCCAGUGUUAUUUUAAAUGAACAAUCUUUUAUAAUGGUAUUUUGUUAAUACAUUGCUACGUGUGUAGCCAGUGUUCUUUUAAAUGAACAAUCUUUGAUAAUGGUAUUUUGUUAAUCCACUGCUACAUGUGUAGCCAGUGUUCUUUUAAAUGAACGAUCUUUGAUAAUGGUAUUUUGUUGAUACGCUGCUGGUCAGUGUUCUGUUAAAUCGCUAUAUAGUAAUUGUUAUAGCUGACAAAUGUAUCUUUUAUAAAGAAUUCAUAUAAAAUCGA